GUUAAAGGGCGCGGGCGGCGGCGGCGGUGCCGCUAGUCGGAGGUGGUGGCGCGGCGGAGUGGGCAGCGGCUAAGCAGCGGGCGGUUCCGAGAGCUUCUCGGCGCUUCCCGGCCCAGCCCUGCCGGAUGAAGAGCGGCGCAGGCCAUGUCGCGGUACCCUGCCUCCAGCCCCUGCGGCCAGCGGGGUCGUAGGACGGCGGAGCUCCCUCGUGCCCUAUAGCGAUCCCCCCCGACCCCCUAUUUAAUUUUGUACCUAAUUUAUUAAUACCUCGCACCGCACCAUGGACCCGACCCCCGCGGUGCCCCCCGCGCCCAUGGCGGGCUUCCUCUGGAUGCUGGUCCUGGGUUUCAUCAUUGCCUUCGUCCUGGCCUUCUCCGUCGGCGCCAACGAUGUGGCCAACUCCUUCGGCACGGCGGUGGGCUCGGGGGUGGUGACCCUCCGGCAGGCCUGUAUCUUAGCCAGCAUCUUUGAGACCGUGGGCUCCGUCCUGCUGGGAGCCAAAGUCAGCGAGACCAUCCGGAAGGGGCUGAUCGAUGUGGAGAUGUACAACUCCACGCAAGAGCUGAUGGCUGGAUCGAUCAGUGCCAUGUUCGGAUCUGCCGUGUGGCAGCUGAUGGCUUCAUUCUUGAAGCUCCCCAUUUCUGGUACCCACUGCAUCGUUGGAGCAACUAUUGGCUUUUCGCUGGUGGCCAAAGGGCAGGAAGGUGUCAAGUGGUCUGAGCUGCUGAAGAUUGUGUUGUCCUGGUUCAUCUCACCCCUCCUUUCAGGCAUCAUGUCUGCUAUCCUGUUCUUCCUUGUCCAGAGGUUCAUCCUUCGUAAGGCAGAUCCCGUUCCCAACGGCUUGCGAGCCUUGCCUGUCUUCUACGCCUGUACCGUGGGGAUCAACCUCUUCUCCAUCAUGUACACUGGGGCACCUUUGCUGGGCUUUGACAAACUUCCUCUGUGGGGUAUCCUCCUCAUUUCGGCUGGGAGUGCUGUUGUCUGUGCUCUCGUCGUCUGGUUCUUUGUAUGUCCAAGGAUGAAGAAGAAAAUUGAAAGAGAGAUCAAAUCAAGUCCUUCUGAAAGCCCCUUGAUGGAAAAGAACAUCGGCCUGAAGGAGGACCAUGAGGAGCCCAAGGUGCCCCUGGGUGAUGCCAAGAGCCCUGCUGCUGAGGUGGGCUCAGCUGUGCCCCAGCGGGCAGCAGUGGAGGACAGAACAGUCUCCUUCAACCUGGGAGACCUGGAGGAGGCUCAGGAGCAGGAGAGGCUUCCCAGUCUCGACCUGAAGGAAACCAGCAUUGACAGCGGAGGCGUGCGGCUGCCCAACGGCAGCCUGGUGCAGUUCCACCCGGCGGUGGGGCAGCAGCUGAGCUCCAGCGGGCAGUACCACACCGUGCACAAGGACUCAGGGCUCUACAAGGAGCUGCUGCACAAGCUGCACCUGGCCAAGAUGGGCGACUGCAUGGGGGACUCCGGGGACAAGCCCCUGCGGCGCAACAACAGCUACACCUCCUACACCAUGGCCAUUUGUGGCAUGCCCCUGGACUCCCUGCGUGCCAGGGAGGGGGAAGAGGGCGAGAAGGCGCCCUGGCCUGCGGCAGACGGCAGGAAGAGGCUGCGCAUGGACAGCUACACCAGCUACUGCAACGCCGUGGCCGACGCGCCGCCGGCCGCCGAGCUGGACCUGAGCGCCGCCCAGGCCGAGAUGGGCAGCAGCGAGCACAAGGGCAGCAGUGGCUCCCUGGAAGAGUGGCACGAGCAGGACAAGCCUGAGGUGUCCCUCCUCUUCCAGUUCCUGCAGAUCCUCACCGCCUGCUUUGGCUCCUUCGCUCACGGUGGCAACGAUGUCAGCAAUGCCAUAGGGCCUCUGGUUGCCCUCUACCUGGUCUAUCAGACGGGCGAUGUGGCUACCAAGGUGGCAACUCCCAUCUGGCUGCUGCUUUAUGGAGGGGCAGGGAUUUGCAUCGGCUUGUGGGUCUGGGGCAGGAGAGUCAUCCAGACCAUGGGGAAGGACCUGACCCCCAUCACACCGUCCAGUGGCUUCAGCAUUGAGCUGGCGUCUGCCGUGACUGUGGUGAUUGCCUCCAACGUUGGCCUCCCCAUCAGUACAACCCACUGCAAGGUGGGCUCGGUGGUGUCUGUGGGCUGGCUGCGCUCCCGGAAGGCGGUGGACUGGCGCCUGUUCCGCAACAUCUUCAUGGCCUGGUUCGUGACGGUGCCCAUCUCGGGGCUCAUCAGCGCUGCCAUCAUGGCUCUCUUCAAGUUUGCCAUCCUGAAGGUGUGA